AUGUGGUCCCAGCUGGAGCCAACACCUCCCCAUAUUGCCUAUCUGACAAUAUCGAGCUUCCUGAUAAUCUACGCAUUAUUCUCUCAGUUCAUCAAAAACAACCUGCACCUUAGCGAGCCUCCUCUCGCUGUCCUCUUUGGCAUCCUCUUAGGGCCCUACGUCCUUAAUGUCAUUUCGCCGCAUGAAUGGGGGCUGGAUGAUAGAAUGAGACAAGAGAUCUCCCGCGUGAUCGUGGGGAUCCAAUGUUUCGCAGUUGGGAUCGAGCUUCCGAAACUCUACUUCACGAGACAUUGGAAAUCAGUCUUGUUCUUCUUAGGACCUAUCAUGACUUUCUCCUGGGCGGUCACUUCGCUCUUCGCUUUCUUGAUAUUUCGGAUUGACAUUCCUACUGCUCUUAUCAUCGGGGCCUGUUUAUCCCCCACAGAUCCAUUGUUAGCAGCAAGUGUACUCUCCAAAUCUCGAUUUAGUGAAAGGGUUCCUCGACGAUUGAAGCAUUUGCUAUCCGCGGAAUCAGCCUGCAAUGAUGGCGUUUCUUUUCCCCUCCUCUACAUUGGGCUCAUGGCCCUCAAAUUUCCUGGCCGAGCUACCGCUGUCAGACACUGGUUUCUCAUCACGGUUCUCUGGCAAUGCACUGUUGGGCUGCUCAUAGGACUGAUCAUCGGUCGCGGCGCAAAUAAAGUCCUCAGAUUCGCCGACAGUCAUAAAUAUAUCUCCCAGCCCUCAUUCGUGGUCUUUUACCUCUUGCUCGCCGUCCUCGGCGUUGGCGUAGGUUCUAUACUCGGCUCAGAUGACUUCUUGGUUGCUUUUGGAGCAGGCGUCGGCUUCGCGCACGACAGCUGGUUCAGCAAGAAAACAAAAUCCUUGCCUUUCCAUACGAUCAUCGAAAUGAUCCUCAAUAGCAGCAUGUUCGUCUUCUUCGGCACUAUUAUCCCCUGGCACUCCUUCGUUCCCAGAGACGUCACCCCAACUUGUGGCACCUGGCAGCUCCUCCUCUUUUUCAUCGCCGUCCUUUUACUCCGACGCAUUCCUAUCGUAUACGCUCUCCAACGUAUCAUCCCCGACGUGCGAACAGCUCGUGAGGCUUUAUUCUGUGGUCAUUUUGGACCCAUGGGCGUCGGCGCCUUAUUCUUGGCCAUUGAAGCACGAGCGCAGCUGGAGACAGGGACGUCGCGUCCAUUACCGAACCCCGGUAAUCCUGUACCACCGUACAGUGAAAAGGUAAGAGCAAUUCAUCUCGUCUGGCCAGUAAUUUGCUUUGUCGUACUAGGAAGUACAAUGGUGCAUGGUGUGAGUGUGCUGGCUGUGUGCUUGAUAGGCCAUUAUAGGAGGCCGAAGGGAGAACGCGCACCGUUGAUUGCGGCAGAGGUUGAUGCUCUUGACGCGAUGGAGCACGAAGGUGGUGGAGGGGAAAGCGAACCGGAUAUUUCGGGGACGGGCGAUGACUCUGACGAUUAG